UGAAACCAAUUCAAAUCCAACUACUUGAAAAACCUAUAAGAAUUUUUAUCAAAAAACCUUCGAUGCUUUCUAUUUCUCCGACCAAUAAUCUGAUUAACUCUAGACAAUUCAUUUCUAAAAUAUUCACAAAAAGAAAAAAAAAUGACUUAUGGAGAUUACCGUUAGAAGUUAAGCGAGAAUUCAACGAAAAAAAGAAUUCAAACAGAUUUAUUAUUCCUUUUGGGUUUGAACUUAAUAUUGAUUUAAAUCCUGGUCGAAAUUUAGUUAAGAAUUGCAUUAAAGAAAAUCUUUAUUAUUUUGAUGGAGGAAAAUAUUAUGAAUCGAAUAAAGAUUUUAAAAAAUUUCAAGAAUAUAAUGAAGAAAAAGA